AUGACACGAAUUGCAGUUCUCGAGUGCGAUACUCCCAUAGAUCCGGUGAAGGAUCGCUACGGGACGUAUGCGGAUAUCUUUGAACGGCUUCUAUCCGCUGCUCUUCCCAAACAGGAAUCCCUCCAUGUCACCAAAUGGAACGUGGUGGACAAUCCAGUCUAUCCUGCUGCAGAAGAAUACGAUGCCCUCCUUUUGACAGGAAGCAAGCACGAUUCAUUUUCCGAUGCCCCGUGGAUAGUGGAACUAACCAACUAUGUUCGAAAGGUGCAUCAACAGCAAAAACCCAUCAUUGGAAUCUGCUUCGGACAUCAGAUUGUGGCACGCGCGUUGGGUGCUCGUGUGGGACGAAAUGAUGCGAGCUGGGAGGUGGCAGUUGAGCAGAUCACUCUGACCGAUGCAGGGAGGGAGCUGUUUUCCAAGGACAGCUUGUCCCUACAUCAAAUGCACCGAGAUAUCGUGUACGAGGUCCCCCAUGGAUGCGUCAAUCUGGGGUCAACUGCUCUCUGCAAAAUCCAUGGAUUCUAUAUGCCUCGACGUAUCCUGACCGUCCAAGGCCAUCCGGAGUACGACGAGUUUUUCAUUAAGCAGUUACUAGAGGCUAGACAUAAUCAGGGGAUCUUUAAUGGCGAGCUAUUCCAUAGUGGCCUAUCCCGAGCUGGGCUACCACAUGAUGGAUUGCUAGUCGUGGAGGCAAUUUGGAAGUUGCUUUGA